GUGCCCACGCCUGCAGCGUCCGCGGGGGCGGCGCGGCGGGAGGUGGCCGACCGGCUCGGGGCCGCGCAGUUUCGUCCCCGGCCCAGUGGGCCUUUCCGCGGCGGCGCCGGGCCGAGCUCCCUGCUCGCUUCGAGUCUCCCGAGGGCGGGAGAACGGAACACUCGCAACUUCCUGAGUUUUAAAGUUUCUGUUGCUUCCCACAAUGGAUGAACAAUCACAAGGAAUGCAAGGGCCACCUAUUCCUCAGUUCCAGCCACAGGCUUGAAACAAGGGAAUCUUGCACCUCAUGUUUUGGUGACUUCCAUGUUGUCUUGAUAAUAUUCCCUAAACAGAAGGCCUUACGACCGGAUAUGGGCUACAAUACAUUAGCCAACUUUCGAAUAGAAAAGAAAAUUGGGCGUGGACAAUUUAGUGAAGUUUAUAGAGCAUCCUGUCUUCUGGAUGGAGUACCAGUAGCUUUAAAAAAAGUACAGAUAUUUGAUUUAAUGGAUGCCAAAGCACGUGCUGAUUGCAUUAAAGAAAUAGAUCUCCUCAAGCAACUCAACCAUCCAAAUGUAAUUAAAUAUUAUGCAUCAUUCAUUGAAGAUAAUGAACUAAACAUAGUUUUGGAAUUAGCAGAUGCUGGUGAUCUAUCUAGGAUGAUAAAGCAUUUUAAAAAACAAAAGAGGCUAAUUCCUGAAAGGACUGUUUGGAAGUACUUUGUUCAGCUUUGCAGUGCUUUGGAACACAUGCAUUCUCGAAGAGUCAUGCAUAGAGAUAUAAAACCAGCUAAUGUGUUCAUUACAGCCACUGGGGUGGUAAAACUUGGAGAUCUUGGACUUGGUCGGUUUUUCAGCUCCAAAACUACAGCUGCACAUUCUUUAGUGGGUACACCUUAUUACAUGUCUCCAGAGAGAAUACAUGAAAAUGGAUACAACUUCAAAUCUGACAUCUGGUCUCUUGGCUGUCUACUGUAUGAGAUGGCUGCAUUACAGAGUCCUUUCUAUGGUGACAAAAUGAAUUUAUACUCACUGUGUAAGAAGAUAGAACAGUGUGACUAUCCACCUCUUCCUUCAGAUCACUAUUCAGAGGAACUGCGACAGUUAGUUAAUAUGUGCAUCAAUCCAGAUCCAGAGAAGCGACCGGACAUCACCUAUGUUUAUGAUGUAGCAAAAAGGAUGCAUGCAUGCACUGCAAGCAGCUAAAUCAUGAAGAGCAUGGUAACCAAAAUAAUUUAAAGUAUUUUUUGCAGAUCAUACCUCCCUGUUCUUGUCUGGGUGUUCAAGAUUAAUAUUUCAGAGCUAAUGUUGUUUGAAUCCUUAACCAGUUUUCAUAAUAAGCUUCAUUUUGUACCAUUCUAAUUGACCUUCUUGCAAAUCCAAAAUGGCUUCAGGAUAACCAGGCGGCAUGUUAGCAAAGAAAGUGGUUCAGGAGAGUAAUCACCAAAGGUUUUUAGAUUGGGAGUUAAUUUUUUUUAUUAAUACGUGUUUGUAGUACAUUUUCCAGUGAUUAAUUGUGCUUUACAGUGUCAGUGCCAAAUAAUGAAGUUGCAUCCUGUACACAUCAAGGUGGAUGCAAAGCCUAGGGAAAUAUGUGCAUAUCCACCACACAGGAAAUAUAGUUUUCUUAAUUCUAAUUGUCAUAAGUUUAGGAAACUAGGUGUUUUCAUAAUUGUAUAUGAUAUUUUAUACUUUCUACCUUGAAGAUACAUCUUUGGGAAUAAUUUAAACAUUCUGAAAACUUACAGAUCUGAGUAUUUGACUUGUUUGCUUUUUGUAAUCAUUUAUGGACAUUUAGUUUGAAGUGUAUAUCUUAAUUAGCAUUAUAGCUUUCAGAUAUAACUCUUAUAAGAAAUGUAAGCAUAAACUAGUUGGCAAAGAUUUAAAUUCUUAGCUUAUACAUUCAAAGUGUAACUAUCAAAUGUGAAAAGAUUGGGGCAAAAUGUGAGUCAAACACUGAAAAGUAUUUUAAUAGCUUUGAUAUUCUAUUUACAUUAAAAUGGUAUAAAUGAAUCCAUUUAAAAAGUGGUAAAGGAUUUCUUUGGCUGGCGUGAUAGGAUUUUAACGUUGCACAUUGCUCAAGGUUUUUGUGUUUUUAUUGUCUGUACAUUUGAAAAAUAUUCUUUGAAUAAUCUGGCAGUACUAUAUUUGUUUCUUUAUAAAACUAAAUGUAUUUUAACUCAUAAUUGUACACUAUAAUGUAAACAUGUUUUUAUUGAAGAUUUUAUUAAAGUUUUGAUUGGUUCCCUCAGAAAUUUUUUAUAUUCUUCAAGUUACUUUCUUAUUUAUAUCGUGUGUGCAUUUUUCCCAUUAAUGUUUCCAAUUUUCUGGAAAUAUUUUUCUUUUAAAAUACAACACUUUCUUGAAUUGAAAACAUUUUUUUAACUUUUUAAAAUUUGGGCCAUCCUGUAUGCAUGCGUAUCUCAUUAAGAGAGGAAGAAAGAAUGUGUGUUAUACUGUACCUGUGAAUGUUGAUAUAGUCUCAAUUCACUCAAGGUUAUAAGGUUUAGAAUAUGUUUAGGAGAAUGAAAACUGGCCAUUGCUGUAGCCAGAACUGUUGACAUUAUCAUUUCUGUUGAGAAGUUUUUGAGGAAAGUACUGUAUUUGUGCAUGAAGUUGCAAGAUUGUAAUGCUUAAUUUAGUUUUAGGAAAUGGGUAGAGGUUAGCAAAUGCUGUUGUGGAGAUGCGGAGACACAUUUCCCUCAGAUGCCUUUAUAUUAGUAGCAACUAAUUUCCCAUAGAAUUGUGAAGCCAAAAAUCUACGUGACAGUCACAGUUAAAGGGCUCUGGAUGCCACUAUAAAACCUUGAGAUGGGUUAUCCCACCAACAGGAAAACCUCAUUAUCAGAGAGUUCCUACUAAAGGUUAGCCAAUGUAACUAGUUUUUUUUUUUUUUUUUUUCCACAUAGUGUUUUUCUUAGAUUGUUUGAAUAUUUCAGGUAAGUUGUAAAUUUUCGAAACAUAAAGGGCAAAACUACAAAAUCUUCUAUUUUAAAAGUGUAAUAGUUGUAUAUGAUGUCUGAGGAUAAUUUUAUCUUGGAAUAAGCAAAGAAAAAGCUGGUCAGUCAUUUGUAUAAGGGCUUAAUGCAUUGUAUUUCCCAGAUUCUAGUGACUCAUAACAUUUACACUGUGUCAAUAGAUUUUUCCCAAAAAGUAUAAGUAGAAUUUUUUCUAUUAAUCAUUAGUGCCGUGUACAUUUUAAUGUGAUAUAAAUUGACUGCAGUGAAAUUCCCUGUAGAUAAAACAGAUACUUUGCUUUUUCUAUACUCUUUAGGAGUACAUGGACCUAAAAUUCAUAAAUUUAACUUCAUCACAGUGACUUUUAAGAUUGUUUUAUUUACUUAAAAAAAAAAAAACAAGGAGGAAGAAUUUAGUGAUCAGUGAAAUCCGUUACUAUUUUCCAUGCAGGGAAAUAUUUUUGUUUCAGAUACUGUGUCUUUUUAUAAUACAUUUGAUCAUAAUUUUCCUGAAAAACCACUUUGUAAAUCCAAAGAUCACUGCAAAGAAUUAUGGAGAUUAGAGGUUCCAAUUUUUUUUUGACACAGGGUCUCACUGUUUAAUUCUGGCCCACUUUGUGUUCAUUGUAUAGCCCAACCUGGCCUCAACUCACAGUGAUCCUUCUGCCUCAGCCUCCCCAGGGCUGGGAUUACAGUUGUGUUCCACCACGCCCGGCAAGAGGUUCUAAUCCUUGUAAUCACCUAUGAAAUGCUUUCUUUACAUUUCUGCUUAUAAUUAAUGUUUUCAUAUUAAAAUGUUUCAGUUGAUUGAAGCAGUAAAAUGAAUGAUAUACCUGAUUCUAAACCUUUCUAAGUACCAGUUACCCUAGAAAAAUGUGGAGUAACUUUGUUUUGUAUGUUGAGGUUUAGGAUCAGUUAAUGAAGGGUAUCCCUGUGUAAAUUAAGUGCUCAACAAUGUGCAGUAAUUGUAAAUUUAGUAAAAUUUUACAGUUGAUUUAUGAAUACGCUCUUUCUACAUAGUAUCUAUUAUAAAACACUUCUCUCAUAUCCAUGUAUUCAGUUGUUGCUGUUGACAUUUACCAUAUUUAUUUUAACCAAAAUGUUAAUUCACAUUAACUGUUUAAAAUGAAUGUAUUGUUUAUAUCCCACAGAUGCAUAAUUUUAAUAGUACUGUAAUAUGGAGGUUUGUGAAAUAUUUUAUUUUGUUAUGCUUUAAAUACACCAAUAUUUUGUUAUUAGCUUUGAAAAUUGUACCAUAUCCUAAUAUAAAUGUAUAAAAAUAAAAAAUUACUACCGUAAAA